AUAGCCUGUGGGGGCAGGGGAGGGUGUAGGGGCCGGUAUUUCUCGGGCUAGUGACGAACUGCCUGAUUCUUUGCAGCCUAGACAGAGGAGGAAGGAGCCCCGGGGGCAGGCUAAUCGCCUGGGCUGGGGAUGCCUGGGCAGAUGCAGAGGCAGCUGGAAAGGUGGUACCGCACCUUGGUUGCUGGAGCUGCCGCUGUUCCUAGGAGACCAAGGAGCAGCAAGCCUGCGGGGGAGGGGGAGCAAGUGGGUUGCUGCUUUUAGCAGCUGAAAGGGCUGCAGGGAGCUCUGGGUAAGACAUUUUCUGCUGCUGCUGCUUUUGCGGUAGAAGCUGCCACGAGUAAGUCAGAGGAAGGAGGAUUGAGAAGGGAGGAGGCUUCACUUGCAGCCAUGCUGAAUCACUGUUGCUGAUCAAAUCUCCCACUGGUCUGCUGGGAGAAUCAAAACAGAGCUAGGAUCCCUGGGUGCAUGCACAGUUUAGCAGCUACCACCCUGGCUGGGCCUCACACAAUGGAGGGUGAAAGCAUCAAGCUGAGCCCCCAGACUCUGAUGCAGGCUGGGGAUGAUGAGAAGAACCAGAGGACGAUCACUGUCAACCCCGCCCACAUGGGGAAAGCAUUCAAGGUUAUGAAUGAACUGCGGAGUAAACAGCUGUUGUGUGACGUGAUGAUUGUGGCAGAAGAUGUCGAGAUAGAAGCCCACCGUGUGGUCCUGGCAGCCUGCAGCCCCUACUUCUGUGCAAUGUUCACAGGUGACAUGUCUGAGAGUAAAGCCAAAAAGAUAGAAAUCAAGGACGUGGAUGGGCAGACGCUGAGUAAGCUGAUCGACUACAUCUAUACUGCUGAAAUCGAGGUGACCGAAGAGAAUGUCCAGGUGCUGCUACCAGCAGCCAGCUUGCUACAGCUUAUGGAUGUUCGGCAGAACUGCUGUGAUUUCCUGCAGUCUCAGUUGCAUCCCACAAAUUGCCUGGGGAUCCGUGCAUUUGCAGAUGUGCACACCUGCACUGACCUUCUGCAGCAGGCCAAUGCGUAUGCAGAGCAGCACUUUCCAGAGGUGAUGCUAGGAGAAGAGUUUCUUAGCCUGAGUCUGGACCAGGUGUGCAGCUUGAUAUCCAGCGACAAGCUGACCGUCUCUUCAGAAGAGAAGGUGUUUGAAGCUGUGAUUUCAUGGAUCAAUUAUGAGAAAGAAACCCGCUUAGAGCACAUGGCAAAGCUGAUGGAACAUGUCCGACUCCCUCUCUUGCCUAGGGACUACCUAGUUCAGACAGUUGAAGAAGAAGCUUUGAUAAAGAAUAACAACACCUGUAAAGACUUCCUCAUUGAGGCCAUGAAAUACCACCUUCUUCCUCUGGAUCAGAGGCUGUUGAUUAAGAACCCAAGGACCAAGCCCAGGACUCCAGUCAGCCUUCCCAAGGUCAUGAUUGUGGUUGGCGGCCAGGCACCCAAGGCAAUCCGCAGUGUGGAAUGCUAUGAUUUCGAGGAGGACCGGUGGGAUCAGAUUGCUGAGCUUCCCUCCAGGAGAUGCAGAGCAGGUGUGGUGUUCAUGGCUGGCCACGUGUAUGCUGUGGGAGGGUUUAAUGGCUCACUGCGGGUGCGGACAGUGGAUGUGUAUGACGGCGUGAAGGACCAGUGGACGUCCAUUGCCAGCAUGCAGGAGCGCCGGAGCACGCUGGGUGCGGCAGUGCUCAACGACUUGCUCUACGCGGUGGGAGGCUUUGAUGGCAGUACUGGCCUAGCAUCGGUGGAAGCCUACAGCUACAAGACCAACGAGUGGUUCUUUGUGGCCCCGAUGAACACGCGGCGGAGCAGUGUGGGUGUGGGCGUUGUGGAGGGGAAGCUGUAUGCUGUUGGGGGUUAUGAUGGAGCUUCCCGCCAGUGUCUUAGCACUGUGGAGCAGUACAACCCAGCGACCAAUGAGUGGAUAUACGUGGCAGACAUGAGCACCCGCCGCAGUGGCGCAGGUGUUGGAGUGCUCAGCGGACAGCUGUAUGCCACAGGUGGGCACGACGGGCCUUUGGUGAGGAAGAGCGUUGAAGUUUACGAUCCUGGAACAAAUACCUGGAAGCAAGUGGCAGACAUGAACAUGUGCCGGCGCAAUGCAGGGGUCUGUGCAGUGAAUGGGCUCCUGUAUGUGGUUGGAGGGGAUGAUGGAUCCUGCAACUUGGCUUCGGUGGAGUACUACAAUCCUGUAACUGACAAAUGGACGCUGCUUCCAACCAACAUGAGCACAGGGCGGAGCUAUGCAGGUGUUGCCGUGAUUCACAAGUCCUUGUGACCCAAAUUCCCACUGCCAGGAGGUGGAGGAAGGAGCAGGUGCUGCUUGUGACUCUGAACAGUAGGACCGUGGUGACUGACUGGAUUCAACUCACUGGGCAGGGUCUGUGCUGCUGUGAGAACUGCUCUCCUCUGACUUGGCAGACUGGUGUCGUUCGUCACCGUGUGGACACCGUUACUCACCCCCUGCUUCCCUGAGGUGCUUUGGCCUAUGCCCUGAGCAGGGGGUUCCUGACAGCCCCAGGCAGCACCUUUGGGCUUUGUUUUGGUAUUUCUACAGGGACAACACAGAACCUGGAACGUGUGUGUGUGUGUGUGUGUGUGUGUGUAUGUGCAGAACACGGUGUUUCUCUAAGUUGGGCGGUGAGCGUGUGUGACAGUCUACUGGAUUUCUUUACUACUGAUCCUUUCACUACGUUAAGAAUCAAAUCUCAGCGACAUCUCUUUUGGAUUUGCCCCAUGGGGACCCUGAGACUACUAAAGCUGCUUUCUUCUGAAGGUCCAGUUGGACACUCUGGGAAUGUCCAGAAAUAACCAGUGAGAGGGGCAGUUCUCUGGCCACGCCCACUUAUCUACUUGACCACUGCGACUUUGUCUGCAGAAGAGCUGGAGAAUUCUCAAAGCUGCACCGUGUCCUUCCUCUGUGUGCUAGAAUAAGGGACAAGUGGGGUUCCCUGUGAUUCUCAGCCAGCUGUUUUUCCUUGAGUUCUCCUCUAGGAAGCAGAUGAGAACUGCCCAGUCUUCAUGUCUAGGCUGUUGGUCUUUGAUGCCAUAGAUUCCAGGCCUGGGAGAUGUGAUGUCUCUUCAGCUGGGAAAACUAGCUCUUCAGAGAAGCCUCUGGUAACACACUGGAAAAAAAAUAAACAGGAAAAAAACAAACAAAAAACCAAAGUGGUAAGGAUUCAGCUCCUGCCUAUAACGGUCUCAGAGAAGGGUCCUACUUUUAGGUUUUCCCAGGACAGGACAGUCCCCAUUUAUACUUAUUAUCCAAGCUUAAUUAUUCACAGCACCCCAUUUUACUCUCAGAAGUGUCUGGUUUGGAGGAUAAAUAAGAGGUCACCCUCCUCCAAACCCAAAGAUAGAUUUGUCCCUGUGUUAGAUAGGGUUGUAUGUGAUUCAGAUGGACGUUGUUUGACUUCAAAGGAAUAUACCACUAGAGCUGGCCCUUGGCGCUUUGUGACAGUGGUCAAGUCUGUCUUAUGUCCUUGUCUUCUUUUUCCUGUGCUUUCCCCGUAUUCCAGGGUGUGCACCCUCUCCCCAACCCCUAAGGACCUCCACUCCUACUUUCCCCAUGGGGUAGGAAAUAAUCAGUGGGCCCUGGAUUUGAGGCCUCCUAAGGGGUGCUUGCAUUUUAAAAAAGGAGCUUGAUGAGAGCUUUGCUAAUUCACAGGUAAAAAUUAUUAAUGAUAGAACUUCAGGCAUCUUGAGGGGUGGGCAUUUGAAGGUGUAUGGAGUAAUUUGUAUUUAAAAAAACCUUAAAAGUUGUGCUGUUCCUAAAUUAGCAAAUUGCUUAUGCUGGAAUUUGUGGCAUAAGCAGGGGAAGUCUUGUGUCUGGAGAUUAGUCUCAUACCUUGCAGUCUGGGACACCCUCCUUAAUGUCAGAAUCCACCUACAGGAAGCCAAGGAACUGCAUAAAUGUUGAUAUUGGACUUCCGAUACGACUGGGCUACUUCCAAGCAGGCACUGCGGGAGAUUGGCAUCCCCUAUCCCCUGCAGUGAGAAACCCAGGAGUCUUCCCAGCCAGUGGGCCACUUUGUGCAUUUACUAUAUAUUUAUUAUGCCCUAAAUGUGCAACUCUCCUAAAGACAAAACUUCUCUUUCUGAUGUUAAGCACAUGUUACUUCAACAAGAUGCUUGGAGAACAACAAGUUGCCCAGAAUUUUUAGAAGCCUUCGGAAGAGGCUACAGUAUCCAGCUUUGGUGGACCUGGAAGAAAUGUCUCCAAAGGAAACAAGGCAUGCUUUAGUUGAGUGGGAAUGACUGUGGCUUCUGAACUCGACCUGGCUGUGGGUUGGAAGCUGAUGGGUUAAGCUUUUUGUUCUAAAUGUCCUUUCUCCUGCUCUGAAGAAAUUUUGAGACUCGUUUGGGUGUGUCUGUGUGAUGGGGAUGAGGUUGGGGUUGGGAUCUGAUGAAUGCCAGUCACAGAAGCUCUCAAUUUCAGGUGAUAGGUGAAUUCCCUGCCCUUCCCCACCACUGAGAAGCUAGAUUUUCAUGCUGGUGAGGUUAUUUUUUAUGUGUCAUCUUCCCGAGGAAGGCUCCCUCCACUGAAAGCUAGCCAGUCAUGUUUUCUGCUUUUGGAUUUUUGCAAUUGGUUUCACCUCACGCCUUCCUUCCUACAAAGCACUGCCUCUGCUCAGUGCGCUGCUAAGGCUGUGUGCAUUUCACCCUCGUGUGUCCUUUCUCACGGGGACCAGAACACUGGUACGUCAUCACCAAAGCCAAUCUGCUCUAGCUGCCCACAGAUGCCACCCAAAACCUGCUAUCUCUUCAUCACCAGGUACGAUUCUCUUUCCUCAGUGGACACAGCAGGCUAUUUUGUAGUUUGUGUUGGUCACAUGGUAGACGAAGCCUUUUCCUGCCCCCCUUAGGGUGGCCAUGGCUGCUUGUGAAUGCAGCUUUGCCAGUGGAGUAUCUGUCAUCUGAUUGCGGUGGUGAAAUGGAAUUGAGGCCCAAGGUUAGAAGCAGCCGAGAUGCCACCUGGAUACUGAUUUAAACAAUGUAGAAGUCAGAUUCUGAAUUCCAAAGUGAUUUCUCCUAAGUACCCAAUGACAUCUCUCCAUCUACAAAGUUGCAGUAUUAUGCAAAUGAAAGUGACCUCAUUUUCUGC